ACUUUUCAUAGUGAAAAAUUUGAGAAAAGUGCUAUAGUCAUUUUUUUGCAAAAUAUCGGCCACGCUAAUUUUCAAUCACCCUAAUUUUUUGACUUUGCGAGUUUUUGCCCAUAAGAAGUUUAUACACCAAGUUUGAGCAAAAUCGGAGAGAUGAAAUCAGAAUUUUGUCCUACUUGGUGUGGAAUAGUCGUACAACGAAAACUAACCUUAAAUGCUUAUGUCCAGAAAAUGAAAAGCUGACACAGCAUAUUAGAAUGACGUGUGAUAUUUGAUGCAGUGCAAUUUGAGCAGAGUGUAUAACCGGUCAGAACUUCACGACGUUUAAUUGCAUAUUUUAUUACAAAAAAUUCUUUCACAGUUUUUAACAAGAGAAAAAAUAAAGAAUUAUCCAUACGUUUAGUGCAGUUGUUAUCGCGGAGAACUUGGAUCGAUUUGAAUAUCGCAAUUAAAUAUUAACAAAGGGGCAGCAGUGCUGCUUAGCCGAUAAACAAUAGUUGUCAUUCAUCGCAGAACAUACACGAUGCUGUGACUAAUGGAACAGACAUUGGGCACAUAACAAGUUAUUUCGAUACAAAACUACCAACAAAAGCGUCUUACUAUUCGUUUGUAUUUGUGAGCAGACUGCAGCGCAGAGAGCACACACUGUCUGGAAUUGAUAAGAUCACAUUGCUCAUUCGAUAUUUUUCAUCUUGAAUACCACACGAAAAGUCGAAAUGGCAUUAAACAAUAUUUGGCUAAACGAGCUAACACGGUGUUGUGAUGCAAUUGAUCGUGAAACCAUGCAGUCUCUCAACAAUAUCCAAGCACACUUGAUGCAAACGGGAACAUCUUACAACCGUGAAUUCAAGAUCAAUUUCUUGAAAGCGAUAAACUAUCGGUUGAUGGAAGCCUGCAAACGCUUCGAAAUGGCAUUGGCAAUGGAAAAAUGUACGAAGACCAUUGCAUUUGAACCGAUUGAUAUGGAAGAUGACAUGCCAGUAUCAGAUGUGCCUAUAAGCAGUUUGCAUAGAGGGCGUGUGCCAGACAGCACACCUUUUCAGGUGAUGAACACCCCAAUGAAUGGUGUCGAUUUAUUGAACGAAUUGUUGUCACCCGUACCACUGGGUCAAUUGAAAAAAGAAAUGGUUCCAGAAGUGAAGACGACCAAACCAAAAAGGGAAUUGAUUUGUUUCGCUUGUAAGAAUGAAAGGUUGCGGAAUGUGUCAUCAUUUACAUUUUCAACAGUUGACAUGAUGUACGAUCAUUGGUACGCACAACAUAAGGAUUCACAGUAUCCAUUCCGAUUUUACCCGGUCGAUUUGAUCCAUUGCAAUAUUGGCGAAUGUCGCUACUUUAGCACAUUCCUUGGUCUGGAAAAACAUCAUAACAAAGUCCACCCAAACGAGCAUUUUGUCGCUGUGCAAAAUCGUCGAUGCGUCCUUUGUCCCUAUGUUGGACCUAAUUUGAAUGCGCACGUUUGCAAUGAAAUGAAAAAGGUCUUGUCAUUGAAGAUAUUUAAUCCAACCCGGUAUACAGAAGAAACUUUGGCCGAGCUUCUAGAAUUGAACAGGAAAUUCGAGUGCAAAUAUUGCGGAACAACUUUCAACACGUCACAAGAAGUCAUGGCGCAUCAUCGUGAACAACACGGCGAGCUGAUGAUCCAAACGGGAAAGGCGGAAAAAAACCAAAUUGUUGGUAUGAUUUGCGGUUGCUGUCAAAUCAUGGUCGGGGCCGAUAUGCAUGCAAAGCACCUCAAAUCAAUUGUUGAAAAACGUUGGUCGAAUCUGAACACCUGGCAAACUUGGUUUGAACAGUUUGAAAUUGACUAUUUGAGGACCAAAGUCAUCUUCAGCAAUGGUCUUGUUGUUUUCAAACAAAAUUUGAUUGGAACCGAUUCCUACGGAAAUUACGGUCCUGCCUACAAAACUCUCGGUCGAAAUCUAUUCAAUGCUUUGAAAAAUAAGUAGAUCGAAAUUGUUCAGGCAACAAUGGCGAUGGGUAUGAUUCUCUCUCAUUGUAAAACAUAGCCUAAAAUAGUAUUUCUUUAUUUUAUCCCAAAUAUUCAUGAAUCAUCUAGUUUAUUUUAGUCAAGUUUUAUUGCAUGACACCAACGGUUUCAAUUCAGACUUUCGUAUCAAAAAAUAUUAUGUAGAUCUAAGCCCAAGUACGUAAUUACGUACAACCAUUGUCAUUCAUAUCAAAUAAUUGUGAGAAAUAGUCUCUUUUAAGUAGCAUCUUCGUUUUUUAUAGUUAUCUAAGACAGUAAUUGUUAUAAAAACAAACUCAAUUUAUAUUCCUUUUAAAGACAAAUCAAAACCACAAACUUGUGCGUCCAAGUGUAAUGUGCUAGGGCAUGAAUGUUCCUAAUGACAAAAAAAUCAAAAUAAAUAUUCAAUAAAAAAAACACCGUGCGAAUUGUA